CGCGGGGAUCUGCGCGGAGCGGGAGGGCUGGCUUGUCAGCUGGGGAAUGGGAGACUUUCUCAAAUAGGGGCUCUCCCCUCCCCACCCCCAUGGCGAAGGGGGCGGCUGUUUACUUCCUUUUUUUAGAAAAAAAAAAAAAUAUCUCCCUUCUGCUGCUCCUGUUUUCACACGUUAAGUUGUUUAUCUCGGCUGCGGUGGGAGCUGCGGACGGUGGCGGGUGAUCGGCGCCCCUGCCAGAGCUGAUGAUAAUCUCUGAUGGACUCCAAGGAAUCACUAAGUCCCCCCAGUAAAGAAGAAAUCUCUAGCAGUGUUCUUGGUCGGGAGAGGGGAAAUGUGAUGGACUUCUAUAAAACCCUAAGGGGAGGAGCUACUGUGAAGGUGUCUGCAUCUUCACCCUCACUGGCUGCUGCUUCUCAGUCAGACUCCAAGCAGCAAAGACUUUUGGUUGAUUUUCCAAAAGGCCCAGGAAGCAAUGCACAGCAGCCAGAUCUGUCCAAGGCAGUUUCACUCUCAAUGGGAUUGUAUAUGGGAGAGACAGAAACAAAAGUGAUGGGAAAUGACCUGGGAUUCCCACAGCAGGGCCAAAUCAGCCUUUCCUCUGGGGAAACAGACUUUCGGCUUCUGGAAGAAAGCAUCGCAAACCUCAACAGGUCCACCAGUGUUCCAGAGAACCCCAAGAGCUCAGCGUCCGCUGCUGUUUCCGCUGUCCCCAUGGAGAGGGAGUUUUCAAAAACUCUCUCUGAUGUGUCUUCAGACCAGCAAAAUUUGAAAGGCCAGACUGGCUCCAAUGGGGGCAAUGUGAAGUUGUGUACCACAGACCAAAGCACCUUUGACAUUUGGAGGAAAAAAAUACAGGAUUUGGAGUUCUCUUCUGGGUCCCCAGAGGAUGAGGCAAGUGAGAGCCCUUGGAAAUCAGACCUCUUGAUAGAUGAAAACUGUUUGCUUUCUCCUUUGGCAGGAGAGGAUGAUCCAUUCCUUUUGGAAGGAAACUCGAAUGAGGACUGUAAGCCUCUUGUUUUACCGGACACUAAACCUAAAAUUAAGGAUAAUGGAGAACUGAUCUUAUCAAGCCCCAACAGUGUGCCACUGCCCCAAGUGAAAACAGAAAAAGAAGAUUUCAUUGAACUCUGCACCCCUGGGGUAAUUAAGCAGGAGAAACUGGGCCCAGUUUACUGUCAGGGAAGCUUUUCUGGGGCAAAUAUAAUUGGUAAUAAAAUGUCUGCCAUUUCUGUUCAUGGUGUGAGUACCUCUGGGGGACAGAUGUACCACUAUGACAUGAAUACAGCAUCCGUUUCUCAACAACAGGAUCAGAAGCCUAUUUUUAAUGUCAUUCCACCAAUUCCUGUUGGUUCAGAAAAUUGGAAUAGGUGCCAAGGAUCUGGAGAUGACAACUUGGCUUCCUUGGGGACUUUGAACUUCCCGGGUCGAUCAGUUUUUUCUAAUGGCUAUUCAAGCCCUGGAAUGAGACCAGAUGUCAGCUCCCCUCCAUCCAGCUCGUCUGCGGCCACGGGACCACCUCCCAAACUCUGCCUUGUGUGCUCUGACGAAGCCUCGGGGUGUCAUUAUGGGGUCUUGACUUGCGGAAGCUGCAAAGUAUUCUUCAAAAGAGCAGUGGAAGGUAGACAGCACAACUAUCUUUGUGCUGGAAGAAAUGAUUGUAUCAUUGAUAAGAUUCGAAGAAAAAACUGUCCAGCAUGCCGCUAUCGAAAAUGUCUUCAGGCUGGAAUGAACUUGGAAGCUCGAAAAACAAAGAAAAAGAUAAAAGGAAUUCAGCAGGCCACUCCAGGAGCAUCACAAGAAACUUCGGAAAAUCCUGCAAACAAAACAAUAGUUCCUGCAACAUUACCACAGCUCACCCCUACCCUGGUGUCCCUGCUAGAGGUCAUUGAACCUGAGGUGUUAUACGCAGGAUAUGACAGCUCUAUGCCAGAUACAACAUGGCGGAUCAUGACCACACUCAACAUGUUAGGUGGGCGGCAAGUGAUUGCAGCAGUGAAAUGGGCCAAGGCGAUACCAGGAUUCAGGAACUUACACCUGGAUGACCAAAUGACCCUACUGCAGUAUUCAUGGAUGUUCCUCAUGGCAUUUGCCCUUGGCUGGAGAUCAUAUAGACAAUCAAGUGGAAACGUGCUGUGUUUUGCUCCUGAUCUGAUUAUUAAUGAGCAGAGAAUGAGCCUCCCCUGCAUGUAUGAACAAUGUAAACACAUGCUGUUUGUUUCCUCCGAGUUACAGAGGCUACAGGUCUCUUACGAAGAGUAUCUCUGUAUGAAGACCUUACUGCUUCUCUCUUCAGUUCCUAAGGAAGGUUUGAAGAGCCAAGAGCUAUUUGAUGAAAUUCGAAUGACCUACAUCAAAGAGCUAGGAAAAGCCAUUGUGAAGAGGGAAGGGAACUCCAGCCAGAACUGGCAGCGCUUUUACCAACUGACAAAACUCUUGGACUCCAUGCAUGAUGUGGUUGAAAAUCUCCUUAACUUUUGCUUCCAAACAUUUUUGGAUAAGAACAUGAGUAUUGAAUUCCCAGAGAUGUUGGCUGAAAUCAUCACCAAUCAGAUACCAAAAUAUUCAAGUGGAAAUAUCAAAAAACUUCUAUUUCAUCAAAAGUGACUGCCUUAACAAGAAAGGUUGCCUUAAAGAAAGUUGAAUUUAUAGCUUUUAUUGUACAAACUAUCAAUUUGUCCUGUAGCGGUUUUGCUGUUUCAUUUUUUUCCUUUUUUUGUCUGGUCUUUGUUUUCGUUUCGUUUUAAAUACGCACUACAUGUGGUUUAUAGAGGGCCAAGGCUUGGCAACAGAAGCAGGUGAGCUAUCGCUUGUAAGUGGUGGGAAGAGUAGAGAGUGAUAGAUAGUUGGUGGAUCCCAGAAAUUAGCUGCAGUCAUGGGGGGUGAUCUCCACUGUCAGGUAAGGAUGGCACCUAAACCGCCAGUGCCCGAAGUCUGUGUGACAAACUUUCUGCUCAUACUUUUCACAGUUGGCUGGACAAAAUUUUCUAGACUUUUUGUUGGUGUAUUUUCCCCUGUAUAGUUAGGAUAGCAUUUUUUGAUUUAUGCAUGGAAACCUGAAAAAAAGUUUACAAGUGUAUAUCAGAAAAGGGAAGUCGUGCCUUUUAUAGCUAUUACUGUCUGGUUUUAACAAUUUCCUUUAUAUUCAGUGAACUACGCUUGCUCAUUUUUUCUUACAUAAUUUUUAUAUUCAAGUUAUUGUACAGCUGUUUAAGAUGGGCAGCUAGUUCAUAGCUUUCCUAAACAAACUCUAAACAUUAAUUUUCUGUGUGAAAAUGGGUUGGUGCUUCUAACCUGAUGGCACUUAGCUAUCAGAAGACCACAAAAAGUGACUCAUAUCUCCAGUAUUCUUGUCAAAAAAGCUCGUAUUUUGUAUAUAUCUGCUUCAGUGGAGAAUUCUCUAGGUUGUGCAAAUUAACCGUCCUAACUGGAGGAGAGCGCCUAGUCCAGUGACCUGCCCGGUAAAAUGAUGGUUGCAAAUGACUAAUUUAAAAACAAAAAACCAAACAAACAAAAAACUACCAAGAGGCCCUGUUUGCACUUAAUGCCCUAUCUCUGCUAUGGCUAGAUGGCAA